UCCCCCCACCCGCCCCCGGAUUCCGGACGCGGUAGCUGCUGUGGUUGGUCUUCUCUGCUUCUCUCGGGCCGUCGCCAUGGUGAAGCUAAGCAAAGAGGCCAAGCAGAGACUGCAGCAGCUCUUCAAGGGCGGCCAGUUUGCCAUCCGCUGGGGUUUUAUUCCUCUCGUGAUUUACCUGGGAUUUAAGAGGGGUGCAGAUCCUGGAAUGCCUGAACCAACUGUUUUGAGCUUACUUUGGGGAUAAAGGACCGUUUGGUCAUCUGGAUUUGGAAGCAAUCAGUGGACCGUAACACCAUGGAAGGUGUACACUCUGGCUGGGAUCAGAGAUGGAACAUCGUUCAGACGGUCACCAGUUGAAUGGCACAGGGCCCUUCUCAGAUGCCUAUCUGUGGCAGAGUGGAACCUCUACUGACUUAUUUAUGAUAGACUGUAUCAAAAUAAAUGUUUUAAACAAUGUUA